AUGAUCCUGGCACUAGGAUCAUUACCUUUCAUCCUUUUUUAUUUCUCCUUGGGCUUCAAAUUCCCGCUGUCGAAGCUCUUUAAGGAGGUGUUCUGCGCCAUGGAGUGUGCUCCGAGCAAGUGUACCCCCAAUGUUUACUGGGCAAUCAUGUGCUUCGAGAAUUUAAGUCGUUUCUUCACGUUGGAGCUAACGGUGCGAGAGUUCUUUUAUUUUUUCAAAGUGAGGCACUUCAAGCGGUAUGCCUAA